AUGGAGUAUGCAAAUCCACUUGAGAGGAACUACAUAGUUGGGGAAGUGCUUGGCAUUGGCACCUUUGCAAAGGUGAAAAUUGCACAGCAUGUUCGGACUGGGCAGAAUGUUGCUGUUAAAAUCAUCAACCGUACGAUGAUGAGGAGCCCUACAAACCAAGAAAAGGUGAGGCGAGAAAUAAAAAUAGGGCAACUGUGCGUGCAUCCGCACGUGAUCCGUGUCUACGAAGUUAUAGAGACACCAACGAAUAUCUAUGUGAUCAUGGAGCACAUGAUGAAAGGAGAGCUCUUUGAUUAUAUUACAGAAAAGAAAAGGUUGCAAGAAGAUGAAGCUAGACACUAUUUUCAACAGAUUAUCGCGGGAGUGGAGUAUUGCCAUAGGAACAAUGUGGUUCAUCGCGACCUUAAACUGGAGAAUUUGCUUUUAGAUGAAAAAGGAAAUGUGAAGAUUGCUGAUUUUGGACUAAGCAAUAUUAUGAAAGAUGGCAAUCUUCUCAGAACAGCUUGUGGAAGCCCUAACUAUGCUGCACCAGAGAUUAUUUCCGCACAACCUUAUGGGCCUGAAGUCGAUAUUUGGAGUUGCGGUAUUAUUCUGUAUGCUCUUCUCUGUGGGGCUCUUCCUUUUGAUGAUACAAACAUCCCCUUUCUCUUCAAGAAAAUUAAGGCUGGAAGGUAUAGUCUUCCGGACCAGUUGUCUGCUGGAGCUUGUGAUUUGAUUAAGAGAAUUCUUGUGGUCGACCCUACGAGGAGGUUGACGAUUCAUGGCAUACGACAACAUCCUUGGUUUAUACUAAAUCUUCCUCCCUGUUUAACUCUAAAUGCAGCCCAACAUAUUGAUGAUGAGAUCAUUGAACAAGUUGUUGUGUUAGGGUUUGACAGGGGCCAGCUUAUUCAUUCACUACAGAGCAACCUUCAAAAUGAUGCUACCAUUACUUACUAUCUGCUAUUGGAUCACCGGUCGAACAAUGCAACUGCCUCCUCCUCUUCUACGCCUUUUUCAUGGCGCGGCUUGACUUCAUCACUAUGUUUACUUGUGAAAAAAGGCCUAUGA